AUGAUCUCAGCCGAGAUUGCCCAGAUUCCUUCUGCCUGGCCUAACGCGAUCGACACGCGGGCUCACCCUGCCUACCUCGAUGUCAUACCCCCUCGGGAAUCGGGCGACGCCCUAAAACGCUCUCAGCCCUACGACAGCUCAGCCCUACGCUUUCACCCCGAACGCAAAACGAGACGCAUAAUGAGCUCAUCGAGCGACUCGAUCUAUACGAAUUCGACCCCGGAACAACUCGACAGAAAUGAAAGCGUCCCAGUCCAAUCAAAUGAGUCCCAGGGUGUUCUUGCCUGCGUGAAAGAACAGGUCAACUCCGUGACAGGUGGUCGCUCGGUCUCCGAAAUUGGGAGUGAAGUCUCGACUCUGGCAGGGGAGAAGGCGAGUGAAGUGAAGGAGGUUAUUGUUCCAGCUGCGGAGGGGGCGCUUGAGACUUUGCAAGCGCGGAUACAUUCUUUAACUGGCGCUGAAAAUGGUACUGGAAGUGGAUUCGAACAGGCUGUCGAUUCGGCCCUUCAUCCAGAUGAACAUCGCGCCAUUGACGAAAUGGACUCCGAACAACUUUGCGAUUUCCUCCGGGAAAAGCAUAUGAGCACGAAGCCGCCUCCCAAGAUGAACUGA